GUUAAAAUGGUGGACGUCCGUUCAGCGCAUUGUGAAAUCUCGUUGUAACGGUUUUAUAUACGUUUUCUAAAAAUUUGUGAAAUUGUUUGUUUAAAUGUACGAUUAACUAGACACUUUUCAAAAUGUUUCCCACAAGGAAAAUUGAUGUCGACAAACACGUUGAAGAAUGCUUGAAGAAGAUAAAUAACGAGACCGAGCGCAAUCUUCGCUGCUUGUCUUUCGCUAAGCAGUAUUUCAAAAUCGAGCGUUACGAGGACGCCCGUCGUUACGUCUCAACCUAUCUUAGUGCAAGACCAAAUUCCGCAGAAGCUCAUUGCUUGCUCGGCAAAUGCCUCGAAGCGCUCGGUCGUAAAGAAGCCGCUCUUCAAGCCUACACAACCAGCCUUCGGCUUGACUCUAAACAAAACAGUCUCGUUCUCAAAGUUUGCGAACUCUUAGCUUCUGAUGACGUUGAAAUGGAUCAAUCCGGUGCUCGGUAUUUCUGCGAAAUGGCUCAGUCUUUCGACCCCCACAAUCCUGCCAUCUUCAAUUUGAAACAACGUAUCCUCACGUCGGAAAAUGACGAUCCUCGUGAUGUUUCAAAUUUGAUUUUGAAAGAGUUAGAAACUCGGCCGACUGACGUCAAGUUGCGAGUACGUCUAUUAAAACAUCUUUUACAAAAUCAUUUGGUGAAAGAGGCGUACAAACAUGCCGCUGAUAUCGAAGCUAAAGACUUGUCGAUUUUUUGUAAUGUCACGUGGUACGAGGCUGUAGCCGAGGUCUUGGUCAAGUACCAAAGGACCGUUUCGUUGCCUAAUACUCUCGGAUGGGAAUUUUGGUUUUUGUCGGUUUCGGUUUUGGACAAGUUGGCCGCAUUGACUCUGUCUGAAAACAACGAAAAUAUCAAAACAGCAACUGAAUACAUCAACGCAAUAUUCAACUUUGACCAAACUCUGACCAAAGCUGCAUUAAAUAUCAGCGAUUGUCCCGACAAACAUCUCGUUCAGGAAUUCUUGAAUCAUUACAGCGCGCAAUUAUGUUUUCAUUUGGUCACUCUGGUGUUCAAACAAGCGCAAAAAGAUCUCAUCAAGUUCAAAGAAGCCGCCAAUAUCACCCUACCUCUACUUUUCGCAUCUUAUCACUCACAACCACCUGAUUUGCAAAGCAUGUGGUUUAACCACGCGCCGGAAAAUCGUAGAAAUUUAUUACGGAGAUGGCGAAAGGAGGCCGCCUUCAGGUGUUCACAAACUGGACAUAUUUUACAAGCGGCUGCCAAAGACCGGAAGUCUAUACUUAUCGAGAAAGCCAAUCAGUAUUCAGUGGGUAUGUGGCGAGAGCAAUUGUUUAAAAAAUUGUUUGUAACGCGCGACCAACAACUGAAAAUGAAAACAAGUUACUUUUUGAGCGACCAGAAACUGCUAGAAAUUAUAAUACGGUUACCGGAAAGUAGCGAAUUACUUAAUUAUGAUGAAGAGGCACAACUGAUAUUUCCCGAUUCUCUACACCACCAUAUUUGGAUCGCAUUAAAUAACAAAUUAUCAGAUUUGAAAUGUACAGUUUUUGAAGGGUUGCAAUACUCAGUCAAGAACCUGAAAAACUGUGGCGCUGAAACUUUGAACGUUUUGGACAUUCAGGCGUUUAUUUACUGCGCCACUUURUGUGCCAAAUACAAUYUAGAAAACUUGCGMCACAUUUCAUACUACAACCUCGAUAAACCCAAUGUAUUACCCGCCGCAGUUACGCAAGAGUUGGGUACUCUGAAUCAAAAUAUUUUCUUCAAGGCUGCUUACAAAAUGUACAAAAAUGAAUACGAUUCCGGCUUGGAUCAAAUUAGACUGACUCUCGUAGACGGAAUAAAAAUUCUUCGGUGUGUGGAUAACAGUUUAGAUGUCAAACUUUUAGUAACACUAGCGCAAACGUUCGCCGAACGUUCCAAAAACACGACAAAGCAAUCCGAAAUUGAGUUUAACGAGGCGCGAGCCGAGUUAUAUUAUAAAGCAGCGCUACCAAUUUUGGAAAAAAUGAAAAACAAUCAAGCCGUUUCGCAUCCUCCAAACAAACUGUUUAAUUACAAAUCAAAAGACAUGUCUUUGACUGAAGUUUGUGCCCAUAUCGAGGCCGGGAAAUUAUUUAGUGGUUGCCAACUGAUGAAGAAGAAAGAGUACGAGAAAGCGUUGCGCAUUUUUGAAAGUUUGCGAGACCCGUACGCGAGUUUUUAUCAAGCUCAGAUCUACAAAUACAUGGCUGAUCAGCAAACGAGUCAGAACAGGGAGAGUGUGACUUCGGAGAUGCGUAGUCAGAAUAUAAUUCUUCUUUCUCGUGCCAGGGAUUGUCUUUACUUGACUUUGGAUCGGCUUAGGGAACCUUCAGUUGAUCAGAAACAUCCUUUAAAUGAGCAAUUGGGGACUGAAAUUGAGAAAAUCGAGCGUCUUUUGUCUCGCAUUGAUCCGGAUUGUACCAACAGAAAUGAGUGUGAUGGUAUGUCGGAUGAAAAUGUCUCAUCGCCUGAUAGUACUGGUGAUCAUUACGUAACAGGAUAUACCGGCAAUACUUCAAGUUAUUUUAACGGAGUUUUUACACCUAGAGCUGAAAAUCAUAAUCAUUCCACACCUUACCGGUCUGAUCUUUUCAAAAGGGAAGCCAAGCCGAGCCCUGAACGACUCGAUGCUCAAUUGAGACAGUUAACAGCAUCGAAAGAUGCAGCCAUUACCCAUAUUUUAGAACAUAAUAAAAUGAUGAUGGAGUCACACAAAACCUUAGUAGAUGAGUUGAGAAGUUUCAAAGAGGCUGUUACUAAUCUCACAGUAACAGUCGAUGAACUUAAAACAAUGAAACAUAGUUAUGAGGAAUUGAAGGAUGUGAAAAAAUCGGUAAACGAAUUAAAAGCGUCGGUGGAUGAGUUGGAUAGUUUUAAAAACGUGACCGAUAUGGUUUAUGAGAUGAAGAAGGAAUUGACAGAGUUGAGGAAAGAGGUUAAUAAGACUGGACAAUUAAGCGAUGAGGAUAUCUAUGGCUUGGCUAAUGAAUACGGGGCCGAGUACAACUUAAAUCCGAAUUUGGCGGCUUACAAUUCGAAUUUGUACCAAAACUACCAAGCAAGAAUGCCUGGAACAUCCCUGUAUGGGCCUCCUCCUUUGUACCCAGGAAUGUAUCCGCCUAUGGCUUAUGCCUAUGGAGGUUUAGGCUUACCUCAAGGUGGUGCGUUACCAUUCGGCCAAGAGCAAAUUCCUGGCAUUUCCGGUCAAGACUUCCGAGCUAUUUCCGCCGCCUUAUCACAAGUACAACAACCUCCAGUGACUUACGGCCAAACCACACCUCAAACUGGUCUCAAUUUGCUUACCGCUCAAGGAAUUUCUCCUGCUACCCAACCGACAUUAUUUAAGGACACUAAAGCCACGCCUACUACCAGUCAAAGUGUUUUUCCCACAAUUGGAGGGGUUACUGUCACAACCACGCCUACUACGAAAGCUCCGCCUGUCAAUGUCGUUAUUACAGCUUCAGAUCCUUUGCCAACAACUAAGGUUACAACCGCUCAACCGAUCCUUUCAGUCACCAUUCCACCACAACAUUUGAAAGGAAACAUUCCCAAGAGUCAACCACACAAUUACCAAAUUCCUCUGCCAACAACCACAACCUCAAAUACUUCACCGUCAGUUUUGAGUAAACCUCCACCAGCGAUUUCGACUCAAAGUAUUUUAUCAAAUAUUGCACCUCCUGUUUAUUCCGCCGUUUCCGAUAAAACUCCGGUCAAUGUAAGUUUGGGAUUACAAAUCGAAAAAUCUUUAGAACAGAAUUUCAACUCAAGUAAGAACGACUCGUUGAAUAAAAGUACCGUUUCGACGGGUUCGAUUGAAGAACAUGACCCGUGUCCCGAUUUCAAACCGAUAAUUCCACUUCCGGAUGAAGUACCGGUUAUAACCGGCGAAGAAAACGAUAUGGUUUUGUUUUGCGAACGCGCUAAACUUUUCCGUUACGUCACCGAGAGUAAGGAAUGGAAAGAACGAGGUGUUGGUACUUUGAAGAUUUUGAAGAAUCCAGAUACGAAGAAAGUUCGGAUUUUGAUGAGGAGGGACCAAGUCUAUAAAAUCUGCGCUAAUCAUUUUAUUACCAAAGAAAUGGUUCUGACUCCGAAUGCAAAGUGUGAUAGAGCUUACAUUUGGGCUGCGCACGAUUAUGCCGAUGAAGAAGUCGUUUUGGAAAAGUUGUGUGUGAGAUUUAAGACGUCGGAAGAAGCGAAGAAGUUUUACGAUGCGUUUGAAGCGGCCAAAAAGGAGUUAAAAGAAGGAGAAAACAAUGUUGAAACGAGUAAAGAGGCAACACACAAAUCUAAUUCUCUUGGUGGCUUUGUUUUCACGAGUACUCCGACGUUUAAACCGAAGGAAGAUAAAGUUGCUACACCCGUUACCAAAGAAGAGCCGACCAAAGCAAGUCCUUUCUCGAAUUUUGUUUUUGGAUCUACUAAAACCACGAAUUUUCCUACUUUCCAAACUCACUUUUCGCCAGUACAAAAACAAACUGAAAGUCCUAGUAGUAAAGCUAAAGAACCAGUCGAUGAUGAGUCUGAAGAGUUUGUUCCAACGGCUGAAUUUAAACCAGUCGUGCCUUUACCAGAAUUAGUCGAAGUUAAAACCGGCGAAGAGAAUUGCGAAGUCUUGUUCGAAAGUCGAGCGAAAAUUCUGCGCUUUGAUACAAGUGGAGAAACAAAAGAGUGGAAGGAGAAAGGAGUUGGUGUUUUCAAAUUACUUAAAGACAUAACGACUAUUAGAUUAGUCAUGAGGAGAGACCAAGUGUUGAAAGUCUGUUGUAACCAUCAAUUACUUAAAAACAUGGAAUUUAAAUUUAUGGCAAAUAAUCCGAAAGCAUUGACUUGGUGUGCUAAAGACUUCUCAGAAGGAGUGCUUAAACCGGAAACGCUCGCUAUAAGAUUCAAGACUGAGGAGUUAGCAAAUUCGUUUUUGAAAGCUAUCCAGAGCGCCCAAGAGUCCCUUGAUGAAAACAACUGCGUAUCGAACAAAACUCUAAAAACCGAAUCUCCUGUUAAACCGACCGGUUUCGGCGAUAAGUUUAAACCGGCAAAAGGAAGCUGGGAGUGCAAGAAUUGCUUUGUUAUAAAUGACGGCAAGGCGAACUAUUGUGUGGCUUGCGAGACACCUAAAAAUGAUACAGUUCCGAAAAAAAGCGAGAGUGACGCCUCCGGAGCUGCAUUUUCGUUUGGGGUUGGUGUGUCCAACUCGUGGGGUAACGCUUUCAAGCCUAAGGAAGGUUCAUGGGAGUGCAAGACUUGCUACAUCAGAAAUGACGCAGAUAAGACACAUUGUAUGUCAUGCGAGUCGCCCAAAGAUGACACAAUUCCGAAAAAAGAGCCUGAAAAAGGGGUGAAUUUAGACACUGGUGGUUUGAAGUUUACGUUCGGUGUUCCGAAAAGUGUUGAUAAGCCGGCCACUGGUUGGGGGGAUUUAUUCAAGCCGAAAGAAGGGUCUUGGGAGUGUAAAAAUUGUUUGAUUCAAAAUACCUCUGAUGUGGUUUAUUGUGUGGCGUGUGAGAGUCCGAAAGAUGAUACAGUUCCGAAAAAGGAAGGUCCGAAAGGUAUCAAUUUAGAUACGCCGAAUCAGAAAUACACUUUUGGGAUACCAUCAACUCAGACUCAAACCGGGGCUAAAGCCACUUUUACUUUUGGUCAGAGUAGUAUAUCCACUGAGAAACCGUUUGUUUUUAAACCUAAUGUUAGCACAGAGAAGAAAGACAGUUCUGCGAAUGAAAAAUUUGUGUUUGGAUCGCCCCAAAAGCACGAUUUUGAAUUUAUUCCGAGAUCGCCGAGACGCAUAAGUAGCGGAGGAAAAGACGAGGAGUCUGAUGCUAGUUAUGUGGAGGAAGAGUGUGAUAACAUUUACUUUAAACCGGUGAUUCCGCUACCGGAUAAGGUCGAAGUGAAGACGGGUGAGGAGGAGGAAGAAGUUUUGUAUUGUCACAGAGCAAAGCUUUAUCGGUUUGUUGAUAAAGAGUGGAAGGAGAGAGGAAUCGGUGAUUUGAAGAUUUUAAGGAGAAAGGAUAACGACAAAUUGAGGGUUUUAAUGCGACGAGACCAAGUGUUUAAGAUUUGUUUGAAUCACAUUCUCACUACAGAUAUUAAGUAUUUGCCUAAGGAUGAUAAAACGUGGCUGUUCCAUGCAUCGGAUUAUUCUGAAGGCGAAAUAACCGAAGAACAAUUUUGUCUCAGAUUUAAGAAUGCUGAAAUUGCUCAGGAAUUUAUGAAGGCUGUGAACGAUGCUUUGAGUGGAGCAUCAAGUGAUACAGGCAAAAAACUUGAAGAACAAUCAGAAGAAGAUGAGGUCGAAUUUAUUUCUGAAACCAAAGUAACACCCGAAGAAGAAAAGGAAGCUCUCAAGUUAAUGUUGCCUUCGAAGUUUAUGUCUUAUCGUCAAUUACCCGAUUGUCAAUGCCUACAGUGCAAAAAAGACGACGAAUAUUUGAAAGAUCUCUUCAAAACAAUCGAUGAAAAGUCGACUGCAACUCCUCCAGUUAGUCAACUUUUUAUCAAGGAUGCUGAUACGCCAUCUGUGAGUGAAUCUUCUAGCACAAGUUCGAUUUUCACCACUCCGAAAGAAGAAGUUUUUAGUUUUAAAUCAGCUGCUGAAUCAGUAUCAUCACCUGCGGAUAGUUCAAUCACUCUUAAAAGUCUUCUUAGCAAACCGUCACUCUUGGUCACUCCUUUAUCCGCUUCCAGCGGAACAUUAAGUUCUGCCAAUAAUUCGUCAAAUAUUUUCUCUUCUCCUACAACCACAAGCAGUAUAUUUGGGGUAAAGUCGCCCACAGUCUUCCAAACAGCCGGUGAUAACAAAAAGGAAUCGUUCACAUUUGGAACUAGGACCCCCGACACUACCUCUUCUGGCAUUUUCUCAUCAUCAGCGACGACCGCGAAAUCAACUGGAAGUAUUUUCGGACCCAGUAGUGCAUUCGAAAGUGGCGGAAAUAUUUUCGGCUCGAAAUCGACUCCAGUUUUCGGCUUCGGAAGUUUUGCUACUACGACUCCAACGACCACAACGUUUGGUAGUCUUUUUAAAACUACUGGUAGUCUCUUCAGCACUCCUGCUACAACUACAACCGGGAGUAUUUUUGGGGGUUCACCGGUAGUUUUUGGCAAAGGUGUGGAUAAACCAAUAUUCGGAGGAGGCGACAGUCUGGCAAAAGCGACCGAAUCUCCAAUCAGACCUGUUUUUGGUGCCUCGAUUACUGAAACUGAAGUGAAAACAACAAAUUUGAAGGAAGAAGAUGCUCCAGUUUUGAACGCCGAUUCUGGAAUGACCUUUGCAAGUUUGGCGGCGAAAAGUACAGACAAACCGACGUUUGCCAAAGAGAAAAAUGAUACUGAAACACCGUUUGCGUUUUUGGGUGCCGGGGCUCCAGUUUUUGCCUCAGUUAGUCCUGAUAAGAACAAAUCAAAGACGGCAGAGGAGGCGGAGGGUGGAGGAGAUGAGGAGUACGAUCCUCAUUAUGACCCCAUAGUGCCUCUACCAGACGCCAUUGUUGUGUCGACAGGUGAAGAAGACGAAGAGGUGGUUUUUAAUGAACGGGCGAAGCUGUACAGAUAUGACGCUGAUAAUAAAGAGUGGAAGGAGAGAGGAGUAGGGCAGAUGAAGAUUUUACACCACCCAGGCAACAAUACGUACCGAUUUCUAUUAAGGCGUGAACAGGUUCACAAAGUGGUACUUAAUCAGUUAAUUAUCCCAGAUUUGGAGCUUCAACCGAUGACAACUUCUGAUAAGGCCUGGGUUUGGGGGGGCUAUAAUUAUACGGAUGAUGGUUCGGCGUUAGAAAAGUUAGCUGUAAGAUUCAAAAAUUGCGACUUAGCUCAAAGUUUUUACAAAAGUGUCCAAGACGUGCUAGAAAAAGUUAAAAAAGCUCAAUCAGAGAAAUCAAAUACUAAAACUGAAGAGCAAGUUGACUUAACGAAACUUAUUCCGUCUUCUAUUCAAAAUUUUGGAGUUGAAGAGGUGAGUGGGGAUGAACAAGCUGGUAAAGAUGUGUCCUACGAGGAAGAGGAAGACGAGGAUGAUGACGAUGAGGACGAUGAUCGUACUGUCAUGUUCAUGAAACGGUGUACUCUCAGCGAAGAGGUAAAUGGCGAGUGGAAAGUUGUAGGUCUUGGUGAUUUGCAAGUUUAUUAUGAUCCGGAUCUCUACGCAGCGAGAAUUUGUAUUAGCAACGAUGAUGGUGAAGUUGUGAGCAACACGGUUAUAGAGAAAAACACUGUUAUGGAGUUGGAUAAGAAUAACUGCACUUGGAGUGCAUAUGAAUGCUGUGAUGACGACUUCCGCAACAGGACACUCAAAGCUACGUUUAGUAGUGUCGCAGCGGCACAAGAAUUUCACUGUAACUAUUUAGAAGGCUUGAAUUACGCUCAUGAGUUUGACGUUGUGAAUGAAAUUCCGGUAGCGACUGAAGAAGAGACUGAAUCGUUAGAUCAUUAAUCGCUGAUUUGAAUUUGUCUUUUUAUAUAUUUCCACAUCUGUUCCUUUUACAAAGUUUUAGUCUAGGAAUUUUAUAGAAGUUAGAUUUUACGCAAAUAAAAACUAGAACUAA